GCAGAGCCUCUCUCUCUCUCUCAUCGCUCUUUGCUUUUUCCCGUUUUGCCUCUUCCGUCCGCUGGCUUUCAACGAUUUUCGACUCUCUCUCUCUCUCUCUCUCUCUCUCUCUCUCUGGAUUUCGAUAUCGAAAAUAGAAGAUUUGAAUCAGUAAUUGGGUAUCUCUUCUGUGAUGUGUCAGGUGGAGAUUCCUUGUGCUGUGGUAGGUUGGAGAUGAGUGCAGUGCCAGGUGGUCGACUAUAUUUUUGGUAUGAAGAGCUGCAUCUUAAUGUUGUAUCAGGUUUAGCGUCAGUGAAUUUUGUGUAAGGACAUUUCUGAAAGAAAUACAAUGUAUGGGAGAGCUGGUCUUGAUAGAUUCAAGAAAGCUCAAACGGUAGAGCCAUUCUCUUUGACCCUUAAUGCAGCUUCUAAAGCAUCUGCAGAACCCACUUCUAAGGCUCCAUCCUUUCAGUCUCAACCGUUCCAUCCGCAGAGUCAAUUGCAGCAGCAGCAGCAACACCAUGUCCCUCAAAAACCUUUGGUACAUGAAGCAACAUCAGUUGUCCCAGCUCAGCAAACGACUCAGGUUGGAGGGGGACAGUCAACAUGGCAGCCUCCUGAUUGGGCGAUAGAGCCCCGACCAGGCGUUUAUUAUCUUGAGGUUUUAAAGGAUGGAGAAGUUCUUGAUCGAAUUAAUCUAGACAAACGGAGGCAUAUAUUUGGAAGGCAGUUUCCCAUGUGUGAUUUUGUGCUUGACCAUCAAUCUGUUUCACGCCAACAUGCCGCUGUUGUUCCUCACAAGAAUGGGAGCGUAUAUGUCAUCGAUUUGGGUUCUGCUCAUGGUACAUUUGUUGCAAAUGAGAGAUUAAGCAAGGAUAACCCAGUUGAGCUUGAAGUUGGACAGUCUUUGCGGUUUGCUGCAUCAACGAGAAGUUACAUAUUGAGAAAGGACAAUGCAGCUCUUUUUCCUCCCCCUCCACUACCAACAGAAAUUAAUCUACCACCUCCUCCAGAUCCAUCUGAUGAAGAAGCUGUUUUGGCAUAUAACACAAUUCUUAAUCGCUAUGGCUUGGCAAAAUCAGAUUUAUUGUCCAAGACUGCUGAUAAUUCAGGGAGUUCAUUGAGUGUGAACAAUGAUGACAGAUUUUUGGAGAGAGCGUCCAAAAGAAUAAGGAAAACAAGAGUGGCCUUCAGAGAUCAAGUUGGGGGAGAGUUGGUUGAAGUGGUGGGGAUUUCAGAUGGUGCUGAUGUUGAAACUGAGCCUGGUCCAGUUGGUGUGAAAGAAGGCAGUCUUGUCGGGAAGUAUGAGUCCCUUGUGCAGAUCACUGUUGUACCUAAAGGAAAGGAGCAUGUCUCACCAGGAGGAGAUGGCAACACCCGAAAAGGGGUGACUGAUAAACUGCAACAAGUUUUGAAUAAGGUCAAAGCCUCUCCAAAGACUGGUGGGAUUUAUAAUGACCUUUAUGGAGAAUCAUUCUCUGGGAAAGUGGGUUCAUCUUGGGCAUAUGCUUCUAGCGGUGAUGAGCGACCUGGUGUUUCUAAGGAUAGUGAAGGAAAACCUCUUGGCAACUCGAGUGGAAAAGCAGAUGGCAACUCCGGGUAUGAUGAUGACGAUGAUUUAUUUGGGGAUUUGGAGGACUAAAUGCAAGGAGCCUCCGAUGAUUUGAUGAUGUGCUUGGACUGAGAGAAAUGAAUGCAUUGUAGUUUCAUUUGUACAAGGGAAAUUUUGUUGUAAUUCCUUAUGAGUCAAAAUUCAAGCACCAUUGAGGGGAUGGACAUGUACUCAUUGAAUGUGAGUUUGUGGGUUCAAUCCCAUGUUCCCCAUGGAAGAAAAAAAUGGCAAAAGGGAGAAACACGAAGUAAAUAAAUCAUGGGAAAUUGUUUAUGGAUGGGUGACCGUAGUGCAGAGUUGUCAAUUUUAAUGCUGUUUAAUGGUGCAUGUUCUUAUGCUUCUUGUUGGAUAUCAUAAAGAUUUGCUGACAUUCUGAUGUUUCCAGUUA